AGGGCGGCGCAGCGACUGGAGCGGGCUCUGCUCCGAGCUGUCCGGGGCCGCCGCCGCCGCCAAUCCGGAGUGGGCAGCGCCGGGUCCCCUUGUCCCAGCCGCCCCGGAGAGCUGCACCACGUCCCCCAGGCGAUCUCCCCAUCCCCGUCCCCGCAGCGUUCAGGGCUCGUUCCCCGUUUGCCCUCGGGGGCUCCGUGCCCCGUGAGCCGGCAUGCUGGCUCUCCUGGCUGGGCUGCUGUUCUCCCUCGCCUCCGGGGCCAGCUGGCGGGGAGUGAGGGGCCAGGAGAGCCCCCCGGGGAGCCGCUUCGUGUGCACCUCCCUGCCGCUGGACGCUGCCCCCUCGGGCUGCCCGCUGCCCCCGGUGCCCAUGCAAGGGGGCGCCCUCCCUUCCGAGGAGGAGCUGAAAGCCACCGUGCUGCAGCUGCGGGAGACCAUCCUGCAGCAGAAGGAGACCAUCGGCAACCAGCGGGAGACCAUCCGGGAGCUGACCAGCAAGCUGAGCCGCUGCGAGAGCUCCCCCGGCCCCGACGGCAAGCCCGGCACUGGAGGUUGGAGGAAAGAGUUGGGCAAAGGCAAAGACACCAUGGGGGACCUGCCCCGGGACCCCACUCAGGUCAUCGACCAGCUGAGCCGGACCAUGCAGACGCUGAAGGACCGGCUGGAGAACCUGGAGCACCAACUUCGAGCCAAUGUGUCAUAUGCAGCCCUGCCUAAUGAGCUUCGAGAGAUGCUUCAAAGGAGGCUUGGAGAUCUAGAGCGCCAGCUUUUAAGCAAAGUGGCUGAACUUGAGGAUGAGAAAUCCCUGCUUCAUAAUGAAACUUCAGCCCAUCGGCAAAAGACAGAAACAGCCCUGAGUGCAUUGCUAGAAAGAGUUUCUGAAUUAGAAAAAGGAAGCAGUGCAUUUAAAUCACCGGAUGAAUUCAAGGUUGGUCUCCCUCUUCGCACAAAUUAUUUAUAUGGGAAGAUCAAGAAGACUCUGCCAGAGUUGUAUGCAUUCACUGUGUGCUUGUGGCUGAGGUCGAGUGCUUCUCCUGGAAUUGGAACACCGUUCUCCUAUGCUGUCCCUGGGCAGGCGAAUGAAAUUGUUCUGAUAGAGUGGGGCAAUAAUCCAAUCGAAUUGCUAAUUAAUGACAAGGUUGCCCAGCUUCCUCUGUUUAUUAGUGAUGGAAAGUGGCAUCAUAUCUGCAUCACAUGGACCACGAGAGAUGGAAUGUGGGAGGCUUUUCAGGAUGGAGAGAAACUUGGCACUGGGGAAAACUUAGCCCCUUGGCACCCAAUUAAACCUGGAGGGGUUCUGAUUUUGGGUCAGGAGCAGGACACGGUUGGAGGAAGAUUUGAUGCAACUCAAGCCUUUGUUGGGGAGAUGAGCCAGUUCAAUAUAUGGGACAGGGUCUUAAAAGCAGAAGAUAUCAUGAAUAUUGCUAACUGCUCUACCAACAUGCCUGGAAACAUCAUACCCUGGGUUGAUAACAAUGUUGAUGUAUUUGGAGGUGCAACUAAAUGGCCCGUGGAGACAUGUGAAGAGCGUUUGCUAGAUUUAUAGCUACAAUCAUUUUUCUAUUUAAGUGCCCCAUUUUAUUAGGACAAUUUCUUGUAAGGUCUGUCACACUUAUUUCCCCACCAAAUGAAUUGGGGGAAAAAAUCCUGAGUAAACUACUUGGGUACAAAUAAAGCUGGUAGUUCUUGGCAUGAAUCCUGAAGAUGAAAGAGGCACCUGUUGGCUCAAAUAGCAGUUGUCUUAAGGCAGAUCCAAAGGCACCUAUUGAGUUCAAUAGGCUUUGGAUCUGGUUCUUGCUUGGUACACUAAUUCUUCUGGGGGAAUAUCUCCUGCAAAUGUUACCUAUAUCAAGUGGCAGAAUUUCUCCUCCCUGAUAACAUGUGAUACAAACAAAGCACAAAGCUUUUUAAGAGGCAAAACAUACACCUUGGUAUUGAAUCUUCCCCCACCUCUAUUCAAUACUUUCUUUUACAACCUUUUUAAAGAAAUUAGGUAAUCCUUAUACUACAUUUACCACAUCUUAAUUCAACACACCUGAGACCUGCAGAUAGUAGUAGAAUAGCCACUACCCGCAUUACAGAAGGUAACUGCUUUACAAUUUAGACAAGUUAGAAUUCUUGUCUUGUGGUAUGUCAUGACCUAAACACUCUGAUUCCUUCCCCAGACCUGAAGAAGAGCUCUGUGUAGCUCACAGGUUUGUACCUUCUACCAAUAGAAGUUGGUCCAAUAAAAGAUGACCACCCCCCUCCCAUCCCCAUCUUGUUGCCUCUUUUAGGUCUUGAGAGAGACUAUAAUAUGAUGCAAAUGCUAUUCCACUCCAAAUUCAGAGACAGAGCUAGAUACUCAGCUGAUGUAAAUCAGCAUAGCUCCACUGAUUUCAUGGAGCCACAUCAAUUUAUACCAGCUGAGGUUCUGGCCCCCAAUCUGUAUGUGUUCCCUCUGCCUCUUCCCAGUCCCAUGGGUAAGGUGAUGGUUGAACGACUGUACUCCUAUUCCAUGUAGGUUGAUGAGUGUGCUGCAUUUUUCUCUCUGAAUUCUAUCACUCUAGUCUGUUUUUUCUUUUCUAAAUACAUAUAAAAUGUUUCUAAGUGAAUUUCAGUUUUGUUUUGCUCUGAAAGGCCUUUUUAUAAGCAAGUGCCAAAGUUCAGUUUCCAUUUGCUGAGAAUCACUAUAUAUAUAUUUUUCCAACAAGUCUCUAUUGCAGAAACUUCCUGUGUUAUGAUGGUCCUAUGUGCUAUGACUAAUGUGCUGGCUUUCAAUUCUUGUUGAUUGUCAUGACUUCUGUAAGCAUUGAGCUGACUUUAUAAAGUAUAUUUUAUUAUGCUUUUUAUUCUUUCUCAAUACUCUGGAGACAGAGUUGUAUUUUCUUGGUAUUGGUGACUCUUUAGUUUGUGGCUUGCAGAUAGCAUAUGUACUGUACCAGAAAAAGAGUUAAUACUCUUUGAUUUAAAGAAGUGAUUUUUAAAAGAGGAAAUUUAUAAAGUUAAAUAUCAUAUUUUAUUUUUCAUGUUUUGAAUUGUAAGAAUCUCUAUAGUGACAGUUCCAUUUGUUGGAUAAAGUUACAUAA